UUCACCGUAGUAGACAUGGCGGGUAUGAACUUUCGUGAAUGACGGUAAUUGUGAUAGAAUUAUUGCCAGGAAGUUGUGUAUAUUGUGAUUCCUAAAGUUUAACAACGCAGUUUGAUGUCGUAUAAAAUUUAAUAAAGUUAAAAAUGCAGAAUGUAGCACAAGGAUCCACUUCAGAUAACCAAAAUCCCGAAAAAGUGAACGUUCAACACGAUAUAGGGAAAUCGUCGACUCCCAUAUCAUCCAACUCGAGCCCGACGAAGUCAGAAACUGAGACAUUUUCAGAAUUACAACCAAGAUUUAUGACCGAUUCAUCGGAAAGUGAAGAGGAGGACGUGUCUGAGGUCGAAUCCUUUGUGAUUGAUCAGGCAGAGUUGGACGAAGAGGCACGGCUUGAUACAUCCAAAUUCCUUUUGUCACCAGAGGAUACUGAUCAUUCGGUAGACCCAGAAACACAGGCAAGGUUGGAGGCCUUGCUUGAAGCUGCAGGUAUUGGAAAGUUGUCUACUGGGGAUGGAAAACAUCUAGCAGAUCCUGAAGUUCUUCGGCGCUUGACUUCGAGUGUGUCCUGUGCGUUGGAUGAAGCUGCUGCAGCUCUUACUCGUAUGAGAAGUGAGAAUCCACGUCCACAAACUGAAACAAGAUCUUUAGUGGAGGCGUGUUCAGAUGGCGAUGUUGGAACAGUGAGAAAGCUACUGACAGAGGGUCGCAGUGUGCACGAAACAACUGAGGAAGGGGAAAGCUUGCUGUCCUUAGCCUGUUCUGCAGGGUAUUAUGAAUUAGCGCAAGUGUUGCUUGCAAUGAAUGCCAAUGUGGAAGAUCGUGGUAUCAAGGGAGAUUGCACUCCUUUGAUGGAGGCUGCAUCAGCUGGGCAUGUGGACAUUGUUCGCCUUCUCAUUGCCCAUAAUGCUGAUGUCAAUGCACAGUCUUCAUCAGGCAACACUCCCUUGAUGUAUGCAUGCGCUGGUGGCCAUGAGGAAGUGGUUCGGACUCUACUUGAGGCUGGAGCUAAUGUGGAGGACCAUAAUGAGAAUGGGCACACACCACUCAUGGAGGCUGCCAGUGCAGGUCAUGUUGGCGUUGCAAAGAUCCUACUAGAACAUGGAGCUGGAAUUAACACUCAUUCAAAUGAAUUCAAGGAAUCUGCUCUUACAUUGGCAUGCUAUAAGGGGCAUUUAGAUAUGGUGCGUUUUCUUCUGGAGGCUGGAGCUGAUCAGGAACAUAAAACUGAUGAGAUGCACACGGCGCUGAUGGAAGCAUCAAUGGAUGGCCACGUAGAAGUUGCAAGAUUAUUGCUGGAUUCUGGAGCUCAGGUUAAUAUGCCAACUGAUAGCUUUGAAUCUCCCUUAACGUUGGCUGCUUGUGGAGGGCAUGUUGACCUAGCAAUGCUGCUCAUAGAAAGGGGUGCCAACAUUGAAGAAGUGAAUGAUGAGGGCUAUACACCACUUAUGGAAGCUGCUAGGGAAGGUCAUGAAGAAAUGGUUGCUCUCUUGCUCAGUCAGGGUGCCAACAUCAAUGCCCAAACGGAAGAAACUCAAGAAACAGCUCUUACCUUAGCAUGCUGCGGUGGAUUUACAGACGUGGCUGACUUUUUAAUAAAAGCUGGAGCAGAUAUUGAAUUAGGAGCCUCUACACCUCUUAUGGAGGCUGCUCAAGAAGGACACCUGGAACUUGUCAAGUAUUUACUUGAAGCUGCUGCAGAUGUCCAUGCCCAGACCCAGACUGGAGACACCGCCCUGACGUAUGCCUGUGAGAAUGGUCACACAGAUGUGGCAGACCUCCUCUUACAAUAUGGAGCUGACUUGGAGCAUGAAUCAGAGGGAGGUCGUACACCGUUGAUGAAGGCUUGCCGGGCGGGUCAUCUGUGCACAGUACAGUUUCUCAUUUCAAAGCGAGCGGAUGUCAAUAGGCAGACAACUAAUAAUGAUCAUACUCCACUGUCCUUGGCGUGUGCCUUUGGCCACUUAGCAGUAGUGGAACUUCUGUUAGCCCAGUCAGCGGAUCCUUUCCACAAGUUAAAGGACAAUUCAACAAUGCUGAUUGAGGCAGCUAAGGGCGGGCACACAAGUGUAGUGCAGCUCCUUCUGGAUUACCCCCAUUCAAUCAUGAUGGCAACUCAUCCUCACAGUACAGCAGUAGCAACAGGAGUAAGUGGUGCACCUGGAGCUGUGUCAAGCACAGGAGGACUCCAUGAAGUACCUGAGGCAGUGAGGGUCGUUCCCCAGGAGGAUCUUCAGGUUAACACCAGUCAGAGCAUGGGAGCAGCCAAGUCUUCUGGUAGUCAAGCAGGUCGGCUAGUAGAACAUCUAGUGCAACAGAAGCAAAAGUCUGUCCUUCGGAAAAGUCGGUCUUCAUCUGUGAUGAACGAAAACAAUUUAACCUCUCCUGAAGUCCAACAGGUACGAAACCAGCCGCUUGGAGACAGUGUUACUAGUCUUGCACCUGUUAGUCUCUUGGCGAAGGAUGAUAGUAAUAUUCUUGACAAGGGCAGUACUGCAGAUGCAGAGAAGACAAGGAAGCAGCAACAGUGUGCAGAAAAUACGAUUAUUCAGAAGCAGGCAAUCCUGGAAGAACUACAGAGGGUUGAGCGUGAGUUGCAGGAGAAGGGACCCAGUCAGCUGCUCCUAAGUUCUCCAUUGCCAGAUGGUAGUACCACAGCACAGUUUGCCCAACUGGGCAUGGCUACUGUACCUGGAGUUUCAGUUUCAACUGCCACACUUGUUCCUGGAGUGCAGCCAUUGGGUUUAAACAUCGACCUAGCCUCGCAGUCACUAGCUACGCAAGGAAUGGUUUGCGGUUCUGCCAUUUCUGGACCACUGUUCCAUCCUGGAACAAACACCACCAUCUCGGUCCACAAUGCUUUCUAUACUGGGAAGGUCCAACAAGCACAGCAGCAACUCCCAAGUGCUGUAGCCAGCAGCACAUGCAUACAACAGCAGGCUUUGAUGGCACCUGGAGAAAUGAGUGGCAGUGGGAACUUUGUAUCUGUGGCCCCUGGUGUGUACUCCUCCUCUCCACCUUCCACCCAGGUCCAGCAGCAACCAAUUUCAACCUCGCAGCCUCUUACUACAAGUGCUGAUGUAUUGCAGGCAACUGCCAUUAGUGAUCGACCAAAAGCUAAACCGACAAAGACUCAAGGGAAAAAUAAUCGUAAGGCCUAUCAACCGGUACAACAGCAAUUGCAGCAGUCACAGCAGCAACAGCACGGACAACAUUUCCACCCAUUCCCUUACAGCCAUGAACUUCCACAGCAGAUCUUACAACAGCAGCAUCCUCCUCCUCCACCGCCCCCACCUCCACCGCCGCCUCCACCUCUGCCGACACAAUCAGUACAGCAGACACUUGACCAGGAAAGUCAUCUUCAGCAACAACAACUUGUGUCUCAAAAUCAGCAGCCCAUCUGCAAGAGUAACCUGCAGAACCCAGCCGUGUUGACACGGUCCCAGCUGAUGGCCCAUCUGCAGCAGUUGGAUCCUAGCAUUUCUCCAGCCACUCAGCAGCUGACUCAAGUGCUGCAGCAGAAACACCAGCUGCUGAGGACCCUACAACAGCAGAUUCCCCCUGGUAGUGUGGAGCAUGCAGAGUUAGCUGGACUACUUUCAGAACAGCAGCAGCGCUGUCCCGUAUUUUCUGCUGCUGCUGAAGAAAUUUUGGCUGAUGUAGAGAAGCCUGUUAAGACAGAUGACACAGCUAGAAUUGAUCUAGAUGAAGCAAUGGAUGAAGUAGCCCAAACAUUAAGUGGAUUUGAUAUCGAGGGAAUGACUCUGGCUGAUAGAGAAGAGAUGAAACUCCAGAUGCAGCAGCCGUCUGUUGAUCAGUUCAGUGGAAGUCAGGCUGUACUGGAGGAAGCCAUUUCAGUAAUGGUGGCAUCGCAGGCGCCCGUCCAAGUUGGAACAACUCAGACUGACGCACGAGUCGAAUACUUCCCAGUCCCAUCAACUGGCUCUCAAAUUCCAGCUUUACAGGUUCAGCAUGGAACCAGCCUGCAUCUGCAGUAUCCACAUUAUCAGUUGACCCCUGGCCUACAGGUUACAGGAGGAGGGUCUCUUGAAGUUGCUGGUGGGAUUCAGAUCACCAGUGGCAGUGGAGCACCCCUGCAGACAGCCCAAAUCCUUAACACACAACUGCAGUCUGUUUCAGGGACAGCUUUCGCAUCCCAGCUUUUACUGCAGACACCUCGGCUUGCAUUUCCUGGUCAAGCAUUACCACCAUCUGAGCCGACACAUGGAACUGUAGCGUCUCCAAGUGGCACAGCACAGUACGUGCAGCCUUCUUGCAUGAACCACCAAGUUCAAGUGGCCACCCAGACAACAACAGACAAGAAAGGGGCAAUGACAGCUUCGUCAGCAGGGCCCGGAUCUGGCACUGGAACAGUCCCGGUGGGGAAGGGGAAGAAAAAUCGCUAUCAGUUCCAGCAGCGCCAGACUCAAAACCAACAAGUCCAACAGAAUGCUGCAGCUUACAGCUCACAGAACAUAACACAGCAAAACUAUCAGACGGAUCCUAACACAGCUGUUGGGCAGUAUCCUUCAAGUAGCCAGUAUCCAGGCACGCAGUGUCCACAAGCUCCUUUCUCGUGCAUGGAUGUAGACUCUGAAACAGACAGCAAUCAUGACACUGCGCUCACAUUGGCUUGUGCUGGAGGUCAUGAGGAGUUGGUAGAACUGCUGCUGUCUCGGGGUGCUGACAUUGAACACCGUGAUAAGAAAGGUUUUACCCCACUAAUUCUAGCAGCUACAGCUGGUCACGAAAAAGUGGUAGAAAUUCUCCUAACACAUGGGGCUGAUAUUGAAGCUCAGUCAGAAAGGACUAAAGACACACCCCUCUCCUUAGCGUGUUCAGGUGGCCGAUAUGAGGUUGUGGAGUUGCUGCUAACACGAGGAGCAAAUAAGGAGCAUCGCAACGUGUCCGACUACACUCCUCUCAGUCUUGCUGCUUCAGGUGGCUAUGUGAACAUCAUAAAACUUUUGUUAGCACAUGGAGCCGAGAUUAACUCAAGAACAGGAAGUAAACUUGGCAUUUCACCCCUCAUGUUGGCAGCAAUGAAUGGCCAUACAGCUGCUGUGAAGCUGCUGCUGGAUAUGGGUAGUGAUAUCAAUGCCCAGAUUGAAACAAAUCGGAACACUGCUCUUACACUCGCUUGUUUCCAAGGAAGGCAUGAAGUGGUCAGUCUUCUGCUCGAUAGGAAAGCAAACGUAGAGCACCGCGCAAAGACUGGUUUGACACCACUAAUGGAAGCUGCAAGUGGUGGUUAUGUGGAAGUGGGUAGAGUGCUCUUGGAUAAAGGUGCAGAUGUGAACGCACCUCCUGUUCCUUCAUCACGAGACACUGCACUCACCAUUGCAGCUGACAAGGGACACUGCCGAUUCGUAGAACUCUUGCUCUCAAGGGGUGCCCAAGUGGAAGUGAAGAACAAGAAAGGCAAUUCUCCAUUGUGGUUAGCUGCAAAUGGUGGCCAUCUAAAUGUUGUUGAACUCUUAUACAAUGCAGGGGCAGACAUUGACUCUCAAGAUAACAGAAAGGUGUCAUGUUUGAUGGCUGCCUUCAGGAAAGGGCACAUUAAGGUAGUUAAGUGGAUGGUGAAUCAUGUCACACAAUUUCCCAGCGACCAGGAAAUGACCCGAUACAUUUCAACUGUCAGUGACAAGGAACUUCUCGAGAAGUGCCAGGACUGUGUGAAAACCAUCAGAGCUGCAAAAGAUCAGCAAGCAGCCAAGGCCAACAAGAAUGCCAGUAUACUUCUAGAAGAACUAGACAUGGAGAAGACACGUGAAGAGUCCAAGAAGGCAGCAGCUGCAAGGAGGCGCGAAAGGAAAAAGAAAAAAAAACUUGAGAAGAAGGAGGAAAAAAGAAAGCUGCAUGAGGAGAAUAAAAAGAAUGAAAUCUUAUAUCAAGAGAAUGAGCAGACAAACAAGAAAUCCACUGAAAAUGAAGUCGAAAGACCAGAGGAAUGUGAAAGAGAAGUGUCUGAAGCUCGUUGUGGAGGCAGUUCUCCCGGUGCUGACUCUCCUGUUCGGAAUGGAGAACCAAUGGACAAGGAGGAAGGAGAUAGUGGAAUUGAUGCCAACAGUCAAGGUAGUUGUAGCAGUAAUGACGUAAAGUCAAAAGAGAAGCGUAAAGACAAGAAAAAGAAGAAGAAUAACAUUACUGGUGGAGCAGGUUGCAGCAAGAGUGGCGAUAAGGAAUGCUCUUCUACUGUCUCGCCAGGCGUUGACACUGCUGUUAGUCGAACAGUGGUGCCAACAAGCAGCAAGCCCUGUGAUGUCCAAGCACUUGCUGAGGCUAAGGACAAGCGAGGUCGCAGCGAGACAGAUGUUACUGCCAGCCAUUCCACCUCACAAGCUUCCAGUGAGAAUAGCAGUAUUGCUGUCAGUGGGGGCAAGCUCACCAGUCGGGGAAUGGUAACCGGAGAGAGGAAGCUCAAAGGCCACCUUGUGUUUGAAGCCUCCAGACCACACCCAGCAGAAAGGGAAGAUUUUGAGGCAACUGGCAAUGAGACAUAUAUACCUGCUACAAAAGGAAAAAAGACUUACAUAAAUCAUUUCUGUGAGGGAGAUUCAAACUCGGGUUCAUGUGCUGGCAAGAAUUCGAUGGUGUCUUCUACAAGUCCAAAACAGGGUGGCAAGAGAGAAGAGGGUUGGAAGGAGGUAGUUAGGAAGUAUUUAAAUUCCCCAUUUAGGUCCAAGAAGGUGUCUGUGCCAUUGAAUGCAAUAAGCCGAGUGAUUGGUCGUGGAGGAAGCAACAUUAAUGCAAUUCGAGGAGCCACGGGUGCCCAUAUUGAGGUGGAAAAGCAAAGCAAAGGACAAGGAGAAAGAAUAAUCACAAUUAAGGGCUCUGCUGAAGCAACUCGCCAAGCUCACAACUUGAUAGCUGCAUUAAUAAAAGAUCCAGAUGUAGAUAUACUUCAGAUGCUACCAAAAUCAUCCAAGCUUGCUGUUGUGUCAGUAUCGUCAUGGGACAAAUCUUCACAUCUAAAACUAAAUCUUCAGCAGCCAAGUCAAGUGGUGCUGUGAAUGUGCAGGGUCCAUCUUUGCUUGGUGUUGGUCCCACAUCAUUGCUGGCCAAACCCAUCUCAGCUGUUGUUGGAGCCCCAGUACCACUGAUGCCUCUUCGCUCAACCUCAUCGGCCAAACUUGGAGGAUCAUUUCCCCCUCCAGUAACAAGGGGUACAGCUCCUCGCCUUGUGGCUGCUGCUGAAAAACGUGCAGCAGCACAGAUGGCUGCUGCUUCUAACACGAAGACCACUAUGUCAUAUACAACUGCAAUCAUGACAUCUGGGAAACCAACAAAGAUGGUGACAAGUACUACCACACAGACAUUUGCUGCCAAAUUGACAGAAGCUACAUCGACCCUACAGCUUCCACCUGCUGUUGCUUCAUCCACCAUACCUGGGAAAUCUCGGGCUUCUCACGCCCAGAUGGGGACCACUCAGUCCCUGUCCACCAUGUCCACACCUUCCCAAAGUUCCUAUCAGCAGCAGGUAACUGUAACAACAACAGCAUCCACUGUUCCAUCACCCAAACACCACAGACCACUACCUGCUGCAUCUGCCCCCCCUAGCAUCCCUGGGCAGUACCAGAUGACUCCAGGCAAGGCACCAUUCUCAUCUGCCGGUCCCAUUUCCAUGUCAAAUCCACCUUCCCAAGUACCUUCAGCUACUGCUCCUGCCAUGCCUUCUGUUGCAAGUUCCAGUAACCAGGGCAGAAGCAGCACCCCUCUGAAUCAGCCCUCUGACCAACAGCAGUUACAGCAGCAACAGCAGACGGUUCCAAUGCCAGUUCCAGCCAAUACUCCACUAGAAUACUCUCUGUUCAAUGACACAUUUACCAAGGUUACACAGCAGUCGAUGUGGGGUCGAGAUAAUGAAAACUCCCAGAAAGGGAUGAAUUUUGCAAGUGUAGCUGCUACAGGAGCAGUAGCUAGUAACGGAUCUGGGGUUGCUGGAGGAAAAUUCAUUGAUAGUAUUCCACCACAGGUGGAUGCAUCCAAAGCUCCAGGUUACCGGGGCACAGCUGUUUGCUCUCCUGUAUCCUCGAAGACGAGUAGCAACAGCACAACACCACCUUCUCUGCCUUUGGCUCCAGGGACAACAUUUCAAGGUACCAGUGUUUUCUCGGCAGCGCAAUGUGUUCCUCACUCAUCAGGCACCGUGAUUACCAUGACUGCCAAGCAGCCGCCUCUGCAGGCAACCCACAGUGGCCUUGCUGUCACACGUCCAGUCUCGAACAGCAAUACACUUGACAUGCAUAGUAACUUGGGAAAUUCAGCAACAAAUCUUAGUGUUGGAAUUGUUGGUCAGCAGCCAUCUUCUCACAUGGAUGUGAAUGGUGGCACCAUAGCACCAUCACCUUUUGGGAAUCGAGCUGUCUUUCAAAGUGAGCUUCCACCUCGAACAGUUGCCAGCCAGCAGCAUGGCAUCAUAGUAUCAUCGUCUCAGUCGACACUCGAUCAUGGUGCUUUAUAUACCCCGGUGUCCGCAGCAGGAUAUGGACCUGACCCUCAGGGUCAUAAUGCAGCUUUGCUCAAGAUGGUCCCUGGAGUAGGUGAUCCGCAAUCAGUCCCACAACAGCAGCAACCUCAGCAGCAAUCACAGCAGCAACAACAACAACAUCCAAUGCUAAGUUCCUACCAUCACCAGCAUUCACAUCACCAUCCUUUGAAUUAUUCCCAGCCAAAGCCUAACUUAGGUGUUUCUUCAUCCCAAGUGAACACCAAUACCACAGUAAGCAUGUCUCGUCUGAAUCCAAGUGCACCUGACUUCUCCAUCCACCUUUCCAACAAGCCUCAGCAGCAGCAGCAGCAACAACAGCAACCUCCACCACCACCACAGCAGCAGCCACAGCAACAACAGCCCCCGCCACCACCGCCACCCCAACAAGGGGGCAACAUGUUCAGUGCCACUGCAACAUUCCAUCAGAGAGCAAGUGUGUUGCCUCAAUCUCUGCAUACCUCACCAUCUGCUUUAGGCACCAUGUUGCCCAGUGUCUCAUUCCCGUUAGCAAAAUCAUCUCCUAGCCUGUACCACCAUCAGCCACUUCCUGGCCCUGCUCCAGCUCCAGGCCCUCCUACUGCCAAUGCCCAGAGGUGGCCAUUGUUCCAACUCCCAUACCCCCACCAUCAUCAUCCUGAUGUUAUGGGUCAGAUGAGUUUUACUGGUAAUAUGGCACAGCUAGCAUCCCUUGCCGCCAGUUUGGCGCACCCUGGAAACAGUGGAGCUGCAGCAGAUAUAUUAGCGGGCUUGGAGAAUGGAGCAAUGGUAGGAGGAGGCAACUCUCCCGCAAUGUCUCCAUCAUCUCCUGCCAAUGCAAAUCCAGGCCCAGUAAGUGAGCCCAACCACCACAAACUGGAAGAUCGCAAGAUACCACCACGACCCAUUGGCACAGAACGUGCCAGUUGGAAGAAUAAUUAUGGAAACAUGAGCGGUGUAGGAGCAGGUGCAGACCUAGACCCCAACUGGAUGCUUGGAUGUGAACCUAAGAUGCCCGUCUCAUGGGUGGGCGCUGGGAUGAGUCGCACUAUGGAAAGGCAACAGUUAUAUAGGGCCAGUGCCUCACAUUAUAACCGAUUGACCCUAGCAGAUGAACUGCCCCACAUGAUGGAUGCAAACUUCCAGCCCGGACACUCUGAAAACCAACACCCAUUCCACAAUGGAGGAACUGCAGCCGCCCUGUCCAUGAUGCAUCAUGGUCUGCCCCUGUUGCCACACUACAGUGUUGGAGCAAGUUUAGGGACAGACAUGACGGCUACCGAUGGUGUUAAAAUGGAAGCACCAAGCUGGGAAGAUGGUCGCCUAAAUAUAGCAGAUGUACAAGAGAAACAACAGGGCUGGGCCACUAAGUGGAGUCACUAAAUCUCAGUGGAAUUAGCAGAAAAAUUGUGCAGCUGUGGAGAUAGUAAAGAUGUAACUCUUCUAAGUAUCUACAUUUUUUUAAUUGAAAUAUGUCCAGUUGUAGCUAAGAAAUAUGCUUUGGUCUUUUCAUCUAGUGUUUGGGAUACAAACCUUUGGUAGCUAUGUUAGAAUUUCCUUCCAGUAAACUUCCUGCAGUCUAUAGAGUUUAUUUGGUUUAUAGGUACGUUCACUAUUCAUUUCUCCAGACUCUGAUUUUUCUGCUGUUUGAUGACCGAGCCACAAUAUAGUCGAGAUGCAUAAUAUUAUAAAACAAGUCUGCUUGUUCCUGGUCAUUGAGCUUGUGUUUGUGAUUGUCGCCGUGGCUGACUCGACAAUGAAUCCUCUCCCUUGUUAAUGAUAGAUGACAUGGGUGUUCCAGUGGUAUGGCCGGUACGUCUCUCCAGUGUGGCGAUAAUUUAGCACCAAGACAUGUCAAAAAUGUAGUAAUUAAUAAAUAUUUACAUGAUUCGGUGUACAUAACUAUUUUGGAACCAGGAAAUACUGUAGCUCCUCCUUUGAAAAUAAAAUUCUUUGCAUGUUUCAUCCUUGGUUUGAUAAUUGCUUUGUAGUUUACAAAAAUGAUCGUAUAAAUUUGAUUGCAGUGACAACAUAUACAUAUAUAUAUAUUUCUUUUGUAGUAAUGUGUUCUGACUUUGUGUUUCUGUUAGUGAGGGAAUCAUCGGUCUUCGGUUUUCUGAGAUGUUCCAGUAUAAAAGUACAGUCAAAGUCUUAGCUUGGACAGAAGUGAUCCAUUAUUAUAUAGUAGUUUUGCUGCGUGUAGGUUUGGCUGAUCUUGAAGCCAGGGUUAUGGUGGGAUUUGUUCAAGUGUUCAUAACUUAACAGUGAUUUGGGACACUUUAUGUUCUCCAUACAUAUUUUGAAUUGAUUAUAUUAUUACAUACGAGUACCAGAGAGAAGACAAAACAAAGAUGAUGGACAGAAAGGAGGGAGGAGUUCAUUAACAUUUUCUUGCCUUUGUGUUUUGUUAAUCUCAUUUUUAAUGGGUGCAUUUUGCCUCCAUUUUGGUAGGAAGAUGGUAUGUCUUCUGUGGGCUGAGUGGCAUGAUAUGGUCCUUCAAAGUUAUUGCCUUAUCUGCACAAGUAGCACUUGGAGGGACAUUCAGUAAAGGAAUCUGUAAUAUUGCUUGUACAUGAAGACUUAAAAUAUAUCUUUAUGCACUGUGAA